UUUGGUUUAGGCGCUACGGUAGAACAUACACAAAUACAUACAAACAUAGACUGCCAAAAUCAUUAGCCUACCUUUUGGCUUCGCCGUAGGCGGGUAAUAAUAAACAGUGCAUCACAAAUUCUCCAUGACGCACAAUGACGUGACAUGAGCAACCUUCAAAUGACCUUACAGCAAAUACCUAUAUAUCAAGACUUACCGAAGCGGAAUCAAUUGCACCAAACUUACUAUUACAUGAAAAACGGUUGUCAUCAUAUAUAAACUACUAGAAUAAUACUCAAUCUUUAAAUUCCAAUCCUUAAUCCUUUCAGUUAGAGUUCAAAAACGUAUGAUCUUUUAAUUGAGGUUAAUGAUAUGUAAUAUGGGAUUAAAAAAAUAAUUCUUUGAUAUAUUAAAGUGGUUUUGUUGCGGAUCUCAUUGCGAGAAAGCGCGAGGUACCAUGGCGUCGUGUUGGUACAUUAUGGUGGUGGUGGUGAUGUCUAUGGUGUCCAGACCAGUGGCCGGUACAGCUGAGGUGAUGAGCCAUGUCACCGCGCAUUUCGGGAAAUCUUUAGAAGAAUGUCGAGAAGAGUCGGGUCUCUCGCCAGAGAUUCUGGAAGAGUUCCAACAUUUCUGGAGCGAGGACUUUGAGGUGGUGCACCGUGAGCUGGGCUGUGCCCUCAUCUGCAUGUCCAACAAGUUUUCCCUCAUGGAGGACGACGCCAGGAUGCACCAUGUCAACAUGCAUGACUAUAUCAAGAGCUUUCCCAAAGGUGAGUUGUUAUCAGCAAAGAUGGUAGAACUAAUACAUAACUGUGAGCAAGAGUAUGACGACAUCAAGGACGACUGCAGCCGCGUGGUGAAGGUGGCGGCGUGCUUCAAACUGAGCGCCAAGGACGAAGGAAUCGCACCUGAAGUGGCGAUGAUAGAAGCGGUCUUGGAAAAGUAUUAAGUUCACAAGUAGCAAGUAGGGAAUUCGAUCCCGGACCUUAUUUUA